UUUGCAUGCUGCAUUCGCUAGCUACACGAUCGCAGUUUCGAAACCACAUCAUCUCACGCUGGCUCGUCAAGAUGGCGGGGACUUGCCACGUAGCACUAACUUCCGUGGUGAUUUUCAUUACCUUACUGUCCUUUGUCUCCAUUGCUUUCUCAAAGUCUGAGGGAGAAGGCAAAUAUGGAAAGCUUCUCGUGGUUACCAUAGCAACUGAAGAAACUGAUGGGUUCAGGAGGUACAUGGAUUCUGCUGAGGCAUUUGGACUUAAUGUGAAGGUGGUAGGAAUGAACCAAGAAUGGAAGGGUGGUGACAUACAACGCUUUCCUGGUGGAGGCUUCAAGAUCAACCUCUUAAAAGAAGCUCUAGCACAGUAUGAAGAUGAUGAAGAACUCGUCAUCAUGUUCACUGAUAGCUAUGAUGUGAUCUUCUUGGCUGAUGCAGAUGAGAUUUUAAGGAAGUUCAAGGCAUUCCAAGUGAAUCUCCUCUUCUCCGCGGAGACCUAUAUCUGGCCGGACAAAUCUCUUGCGGACAAGUAUCCUCCAGUUGAGAAUGGCUACCCCUAUCUCUGCUCUGGUAUCUACAUGGGGUACGCCUCCUACAUCUACAAAGCUCUCACCUACAAACCUGUGGAAGAUUUGGACGAUGAUCAGCUUUUCUUCACACAUCUCUUCCUAGAUUACAGGGAAAGUUGGAAUAUAAAGCUAGACAAUCCAGCAGUUAUCUUUCAAAAUAUCAAUGGGGCAAGAGGUGACAUAAAGCUGAGAUUUGAAGGGAAAAACAACCUCCUCCACAACACAAAGUAUAACACGGUUCCCUGUGUCUUACAUGGCAAUGGCCUAAGUAAGAUAUACCUAAAUCAUCUGGCCAAUUAUCUCCCCAAUAAAUGGAACUUUGAAGGUGGAUGUCAAAACUGUGAUUUAGAAAGGUUUAAUCUUCAAGGGUUACAGGUUGAAGAGUAUCCAACUGUAGUGAUCGGUAUCUUCAUUGGAGUCCCUACGCCCUUCUUUGAAGAAUUCUUAGAUCGCCUCACCAAACUAAACUACCCAAAGAACAAAAUAGACAUCUUUAUUCAUAACAGGGCAAUGUUCCAUUAUCACAUGCUAGAAAAGUUCAGAGCGGAGAAGGGUCCUCUAUAUAACAGCAUCAAGAUCAUCCUUCCUGCACAAUCCUUGAGUGAUGCCGAAGGAAGAAAUCGUGGAGUGGAUUAUUGUAUAAGUAAGGAAUGUGAGUAUUAUUUCUCUGUGGAUUCUGAUGUACAACUUACCAAUCCUGAUGUCCUAAGGCUCCUUAUGGAAACUAACAAGGGGAUUGUAGCUCCACUGGUUUCCAAGCCGGGUAAGCUAUGGUCAAACUUCUGGGGUGACCUGAACAACAUGGGUUACUACGCUCGUUCAGACGACUAUGUAGAUCUGGUCAGGGGAGAUAGGAGGGGCAUCUGGAAUGUGCCAUACAUCAAUAAUAUCUACUUGGUUAAAGGAGAACUCCUUCAGAAACAUCAUCCUAAUUUCAAGGGAGAGGAGGAUCUUGACACUGAUAUGGCUCUGUGUAUUGAUCUCAGGAAUAAGGGAGUCUUUAUGUAUCUGGUAAACAUGGCGGAGGAAUACGGUCAUAUCGUUACCUUAGAUAACUAUGAGACUACCCAUCUACAUAAUGAUAUGUGGGAGAUUUGGAACAAUAAAGAGGAUUGGGAAGCUAAGUACUUAUCCCCUGAUUAUUUUGUAGUCAAAGAGAUGGACAGGAUGAACAUGACUAUGCCAUGCACUGAUGUAUACACAUUUCCACUCAUGUCAAGAACGUGGGCUAGAGAACUUAUAGAAGAAAUGGAGAAUUUUGGCCAGUGGUCAGGAGGUACAAAUCAGGAUAAAAGAUUAGCAGGAGGAUACGAGAACGUACCUACGCGUGAUAUCCACAUGAAUCAAAUUGGUUUUGAACAGCAUUGGUUGUAUUUUCUCAGAGAAUAUGUCGUACCAAUCUGUGAAAAUGUUUAUCCAGGCUAUUAUUCAAAGGCAUAUGCAAUAAUGAAUUUUGUAGUGCGGUACAAGCCGGAGGAGCAGCCUUCGUUACGACCCCACCACGACUCAUCUACAUACACCAUUAAUGUAGCACUCAAUGAACGUGGGAAAGAUUUUGAGGUAAGUCUUUUUUAACCCUGAAAUUGCUAC